CUGGCGACAUCCGUAGCUCCGCCCACACAAGCCUUUAGACACAAACAGUGGCACGUCACCGUAUUGUUCUGAGUGAAGCUCCUUUAAACCUCACAACAUGGACGACGACGUGUUAACCACCUUAAAGAUAUUAAUCAUCGGAGAGAGCGGUGUCGGAAAAUCUAGUUUGCUCCUGAGGUUUACAGACGACACGUUCGACCCAGAAUUAGCCGCAACAAUCGGUGUGGAUUUUAAAGUGAAAACCAUAGCAGUGGACGGUAACAGAGCCAAGCUCGCUAUAUGGGACACAGCCGGACAGGAAAGGUUCAGAACUCUGACGCCCAGCUACUACAGAGGAGCACAGGGGGUAAUAUUAGUGUACGACGUGACGAAGCGGGACUCGUUCACCAAGCUGGAGAAUUGGCUCAGUGAAUUGGAGACGUACUGCACACGCAACGACCUGGUGAAAAUGCUCGUGGGAAACAAAAUCGACAAGGACAACCGGGAGGUGGACAGGAACGAGGGUCUGAAGUUUGCUCGUAAACACUCCAUGCUCUUCAUCGAGGCGAGCGCUAAGACCAAGGAUGGCGUCCAGUGUGCCUUCGAGGAGCUGGUGGAGAAGAUCCUACAGACUCCGGGCCUGUGGGAGAGCAGCGUCCAGAAUCAGGGCGUUCAGCUCGGUGAGCAGCAGCAGCACAACUACGGCGCCUGCGGCGGAUACUGCGCCCUCAUCUAACCUCGACAGUUCCACCGGACUGAGACACGAGAUCACGGGAUGAAAAAAAAAAAAGACUAUUUCCUGCUCCCGAGCGAGAGGCGAAGGCCGUCAGGGCGGCCGAAGGACGUCGGCUCACUACGUUUGUCCUUCCACUUCGAUUUCUGUAUGGUAUUUUAUCUAACUUAUCAUAGAGCUGCGAUAAAUUACUGUUUGCUGUCACUGUCACCUACACCGAAGCUGAAGGAUUGACGCUCAAAUCAUUCUCUCUCUCUCUCUCUCUCUCUCUCUCUCUCUCUCUCUCUCUCUCUCUCUCUCUCUGGGGCCAUGACACAGUCUCUCCUCCUCCCUCCAGAGGUAAACUAUCCUCAUGCUUCAUCCCCGUGUCUGUUUGCUUGAGCUAAUACAAUAUAUUUUUUACCUUCUGUAACAGUUUCAGGUGUCGUGGUGGUUCCUGCUUGAACCAGACACCCUGCUGUUUGCUGGUGUUGUGAUCUUUCUCUUCGCUUCGCUCCUCACAGCAUUUCUAGUGAAUUAUUCAUGUUAAAAUUAUAAGGAAUGCUUUUUUUUUUAAUUCCUGAAGUGUAAUAACUUUAUUUUCAUUCACGGACCACCGAUGUGUGAUUUCAACAAGUAGCAUGUGAGGACCGAGUGUCCUGCCGUCCUGAUGUCACAACAAAGAUUUUACUUUCCUCUCUCUCUGGAUGUCUGUCUCGCUCUCUCUCUCUCUCUCUCUCUGUGUGUGUGUCUCUCUCUCUCACUCUGUCUCUCUCUCUCUCUGUCUGUCUCUCUCUCUCUUUCUCUGUCUGUCUCUUUCUCUCUCUCUCUCUCUCUCUCUCUCUCUCUCUCUCUCUCUCUCUCUCUCUCUCUCUCUCUCCUUUUUAAUGAGUCAUCAUGUUUUAGACAUGGUUUUGGUUUGGUGUUAAACAAGACCGUCACCGUUAGCGUAUCGUGAUACUAAAUCAUUAGAACCGGGUUUUCCUCCAGUCGUUCAUGUCCCGAUGAAUUUCAGUGGCACCGUUCCUCAUCCGCGGAGAGAUAAAAGGAUAGCGUCAGUCGUCACCGGGGUGGAACCGUAACUCCGGGACUCUCACCUCCACGAAGAGCCGUCAGAAAGUGAACCCUGUCCCUUAAACACUAUCUCUUUAAUCCCAGAGAGUCUGUCUGAGAGCGCAGAUUCAAGUCCAUCUCAUUUACAGCAGGCAUUAGUACUUUCUCUUCGUCCUCGGUUUCAACCUGACCGCUGGGAUCCAAUUUUAAAGCGGCCGUAUGUAACACCGAUGCUACGUUACUGUGUAAAGAACCCUGAAUUAGAUUAGAUGAAGUUUAAAACAGGAUUCUGGGACUUUUAAUAGGUUAAUAAAACCACCUGGUAUUAAUCUGACCUGAGUUUAGGACUUAAAGGAAUAAAAUAAACAGUCUGAUCUGCCGUGUCGCAUCAUUUAAUACUGACACCUUGUAUAUUCAUCUCUGGCUUAUUAUUAUUAUUAUUAUUAUUAUUAUUUUGGGCUCUUUGGAUGUUGAUCCUAAACGUAUCUCACAUUUCUGGAAACAGAUGAAGAAAUCUAAUCUAUCGGUCUGACUGAGUCCAGCACGUCUCCUGUAAUCGGAUUGGAAACGUGUCACUCCGAACAUCAGUACUGUUCUCUUUUGCAAUAAAAUGUCACUUCUAACCAAA